GAAGCCGCGGCCCUCCUCGCUGUCUCGCACAUAAAACCGCGAGCCCUUGACCUGCCACCGGAGCCGGCUCUCGGGCCCGCCCGCCACGUAGUUCCACCUGAGCGGUGCGCGCUACCACGACAACCCCCACGUCUUUUCCAAACCCGACGCGCUCUUCUAUUUCCACAUGGAGCACAAAUAUCACGGAGUUAGCCACCAGCGCUGCUACGAGACGUUGAAAUACGUGAGCGAAAAGCUCGCGUUGCCCCGGCAGCCGCUGCACGAGACGCACACGCAGGAGGGGAACCGGCACGCCGCGGCAAAGAUCCGCGCAUCCCCGGCCCGCGUCGUGCUCGUGGCGUGGGAGCACCGCAACAUCCCGCUCCUCGCCGAGGCCUUAGGGUACUCGGACUCGAACCCGGAAUUCAAGCAGGAGCUGGAGAAGUGCCAUAGCAAGCUGGGCGGUUGGCCAACGGACGCCGACUUCGACUUCGUGUAUACCUUUAGCUACGACACCGGUUCCGACCGAUUGGUCGGCUUCUCCUGCCGCCACGAGGGCGUCACGCCGUUCAUCCCGGCCGACGCGUACGACAACUGCAACAAACACGACGACUGUUAAGUAUAUCACAUU